AUGGAUGUUAAAGGUUUGGCAAUUCUUGAAUCGUCGGCGUCGAAUGAUUUAAUUCUACGUGUGAACAAUUUCUCUGGGGUUCUUGAUACGAUUAAGGGGCGUAAUAUUGAUGACGAUCUAUCAUCGUUGGAAGUUCUGAAGGAAGAUGUAGUUGUGGAGGACAAGACUAACGAAUCAGUGGACAUGGAAUUUCGGAAGAACAAAAGUAAUGAGGUUACUGAAGCCUGGUCGAAACCAAAGCCAAUCAAGAUAUCUUUUAAUAAGGAUCAGGUUGAGUUUUCAGAAGAUGGCAUUGCUGUUAAGUUGAAUGCAGAUAUGGAGGCAAAGAAUUUGCAAAUUUUGAAGAACUCGGUGGUGAUUAAAGUGCUGGGUAAUAAUGUGCCUUUUUUGAUUUGUAGUAUCGAGUUAAGAAGGAAAUGGAGCAAGUUUGGUGGUUUCCAUUUAACGUCGAUUGGUAUGGAUUGGAUCCUGUGUUCAUUCCAUACUAAUGAUGUAGCUGAUGAAGUUCUGAACGGGGGACCCUGGUAUGUGAAUGGAUCCAUUGUUGGAAUGGAUAGGUGGUCGGCUGCAUUUGAUCCGAACACGUUUAAAGGAGUUUCAACACCAGUAUGGGUUAGAUUUCCAUGUCUACCUUUGUAUUGCUGGGAUGAGGAUAACAUUGCAAGAAUUGCAUCUUGCUUGGGAACGCCAAUGUACAUUGAUGGUAACACAUUCCACAGGGGGAAACGGGAGUUUGCCCGUGUAUGUGUGAGGAUUGAUCUGGAGAAGAAAUUGCUGAAUGGUGUUUGGGUGGAUGGCUCAGCCGGGAGGUUCUUCCAACGAGUUGAAUAUGAGAAAAUCAAUCUUCUCUAUUAUCAGUGCGGUAGAGUGGGCCAUAACAGAGAUAUAUGUCCAGAGAAUGUAUCUAUUGGAAUACAAAAUCAAGCUUUGAAGGAUAAGGAGGUAGUUAAGGAAAUUGGUGAGAAGAUUAUGCCGGAGAGUAAAACAUCUGUGAUAAGCUCUGAAUAUGGUCCCUGGAUCCAUGUUCACUUCAAAGACAGGAAAAACAACAAGGGUAAUGUUACUGGAAAGGUAGUGAAUGCGGAUAGGUUCGGCAAUGCUGUCAGGGGGAACAUUAAUCAGAAGAAUAAUGCACAUAAAGGUAUCAAAAUGGUGAAUGAAAAGGGUAAUACUGAUGGAAAGACUAUCCUGGUUCCAAAAAUUAUGGAUGGAUAUGAAAAACCUGCUGUGAAUGAGAGCUUAGAUACUGCUAUAACCAAUAGGUUUGUUGUGCUAAGUGAAAGCAUUGAAGAAGAUUGUUUGGGGAAUCAUGGUGAAGAUGUAAAAACAGCAGAAAGAGGCCGAAAAAAUACUGAUGCUAAUGUCAGUAACAGUGAUUUGGUUGUUAAUAGUGAUGCUGCCAAGGUGAAGCUGGCCAAGGAAUUGAGAUCUUUAGGACCUGUGGAAGUGGAUUAUAAGAAGAAAAAGAGGGGGGCAAGGAAAAAAGAAGCCUCCCUAUAUUUGAAGGACAUUGUUAGAGAUCAUAGUAUUUAUUUUAUUGGGCUUAUGGAGACCAAGUUGUCUAGCAUUAAGAGAAAAGAUGUUGAUUAUAUGAUUGGGAAGGAGUGGGAGUACUUUUAUUACCCUGCUGUGGGCACUUCAGGAGGCAUUCUGGUAUUAUGGAAUAGGAAUAUGGUUUUCUUUGAUGUGGUGGAGGCAUCCUCACAAGCAAUUGUUGGUAGCCUUUCGAUUCCCAGUUUGGGAAUUUGGAAAAUUGCCACGGUUUAUGGGAGCAGAAUUUGCAAGGAAAGGGAAAACUUGUGGAAGCAACUUCAAGAUUGUAUGGAGGAUGCAAUUCCUUCUAUUAUUAGAGGGAAUUUUAAUUGUAUUAUUUACAAGGAGGAGAAGAGAGGAGGUAAGAGGUUCUUGUUCUCAAAAGGACCUAGGGAGAUGAAGAGUUUUAUGGUUAAUUCAGAUUUCCAUGACAUUGGAAGCAUGGGACCAAGGUUUACUUGGUGUAAUAACAAAGAGGAGACCUCUUGGAUUUGGGAGAGGUUGGACAGAUGCAUACUGAAUUCAACUGCUAUUCAAAAGCUUCCAAUGGCUACUAUCAAGCAUCUUACUAGAGUUGCAUCGGACCACAGUCCUAUUGUUCUUAAUAUGAAGGAUAAAGUGCAUUGUAAGCCUAAAAUCUUUAAGUUUGAAGACAUUUGGAAAUCAUACCCUGCAGCCAAAACUAUUGUUUAUAAUUCUUGGAUAAAGAAUGACUUUGGUGAUGAAUAUACAAUACUAUAA